AAGGUAGAUUUAGAUCUAGACUCUAGAUCUAUGAAAAACACAGUGCAAAACUUGUGAUUGAUCACCAACAGAUCAGUUACAAUAGGUCAUUUGAUAUGUUCCGGAUGAUGUCAUCUGCUGCAAUGUCAACCAUAGCGCGCCAGUUAAAGCAAGUGUCAGAGAAAGUUACUGCUGCAGGCCUGAAAAGACCAGAGAAACUUCAGUAUGUUCAACCGAGACUUGUUGCUGUGUCAAAAACAAAAGGUGUGGACAUGAUUGUUGAAGCAUAUGAUGCUGGACAACGGCACUUUGGAGAGAAUUAUGUUGUUGAACUGAUUGACAAAGCAAAUGAUAUUGAGUUGCAAGAUCGAUGUGAUGAUAUAAAGUGGCACUUCAUUGGUCAUCUUCAGAGGAAUAAAGUAUCAAAACUACUGGAUAUUCCCAACCUCUUUGUUGUGGAGACAAUUGACAGUGAACGCCUUGCUAAAGCUGUAAAUGAUGCCUGGGUGCGGCAAGGAAAACAGGAGCCUCUCAAUAUCAUGGUUCAAGUUAAUACCAGUGGGGAAGAAAAUAAGAGUGGAUGUGCAGUAGGAGAGACUGCUAAACUCGUUGGUUACAUCAGAGAGAAUUGUCCAAAGCUCAACAUCCUGGGUCUAAUGACAAUAGGGGCUUAUGAUUAUAACCCAAUGGCUGGACCCAACCCAGACUUUCAGGCACUUUUUCAAAUUCGAGAGGAAGUCUGCAAAGCACACAACAUUCCAAUUGACAAAAUGGAGCUCAGCAUGGGCAUGUCUUCAGAUUUUGAACAAGCUAUUGAGCUGGGCAGCACGAAUGUGCGAGUUGGAAGUACAAUAUUUGGUGCACGGAGCAAACCUCAGAGCAGUUCAGAAGAGAAUGCCACUCCAGCAAAAUCCAGUCAAGGCACUGUCAACUCUGCAGUGGACAACAUGACUGAAGCAAGUCUUCCAUCAGAGCAGAUUCAGAAUUUAGCCUUGAGCUAGGUUUUUCUUUUAGUUUUUUUUGGUGUUCUUAUCCCCCCCUUCCUUUGAUUCUACUCCAUUUGUCUCCCUUUAGUGCGAAUGCCAAAACAAGGGAUAAGGAUGAGAGAUGUGCCUCUUCUUAAUCAGUUGUGGACUUGAUUCUCUUUUGUUCUUAGUCAAGGAUUGUACCAUCAGGCAAGUUGACUGGUGAUAGUCAGGUCUGAUGUAAACUGAAAAGCUGAAAGGGAACAGUAAUGCAGUUUUACACACUCCAGGUUUUCAUGCCCAUGGCUGCAAAGUAGUUUUUGAAGGCUCCAAUCCCUUAAAUGCUCUCUUUAUCUUUGGCUGCAACAGACAAAGGUGGUCUAAAGAGUACUUUGUAUGGUACUGGUGUUUUAUUGCUUUUUUCAUGUAGACCUGCUUCCUUCAAUAAAGUCUUCUGUAAAAGAUUCCAGCUCUAGUUUUGAAUGGAAUUUACAUCCAUGGAAUAUAGAAGUACAUUUCUCCCAAUCUGUCAGUAUUAUUUUCCAUUUACCGUACCUUGGUUCUUUGAUUGCCAAUGAGAUUAUUUCCAAAGAGACUGCCUAUGCAUGGGUCAGGUUUGAGACUGAAGUUGCAAACUGUUGUCCUGCUGGGUUAUGAAGAGCCUGUGCCAUUACUGGGUUGCCUCUCUCUCUAAACCAAUGCCUUUACUUCGAUUGUUUUUGGCAUUUUCCUUCACACGUACAUUGAAUUGGCGGACCUCUGUUAACCCUAUUACUGUCCAUGGUAAACUUCAAAACGGUCACAGGCAUUUGAGGUGAACACAGGUGUCUGUUUUCAGAUUGAUUUUCUGGGUUUAUAUGAGACUUAAAACCUCCCUAACAUAUAUUUUCAGAAAGGUAAUUGGAUUAAAAAAUAGGAGCAAAACACAUUUGAAUAAAAUUUUGAUAAUUAUUGUUGUCAUGGAUACCAAGAAAUCCAAGAUGGCCACCAUUUUGGACGUAUGACUCAUUUUAGAUACCCCCUGACUCAUUCAGAUGACUUCAAAUCCAAGUUUGUCUUGUGUCAAUGAAUUCUACAAAAACAAGCUUUCCAUAAAUAUAUAGUUUCUGGGGUUCAUUACUUGUAUUUUGUUCGUAAUGUGCAAAACUGGUACAGGCAGAAGGAAAAAUACAAAAUAUGUAAAACAUUACAAAGCAGACUUCAAAACUGAUGAAGUACAUGGCGGAAAAAAUGAACAGAGGAAUAAAGGCAAACAUUUCUACUUACUUGACAGGCAUUCUCAACAUUACGUAGAAUCCUUCCUAUCAAGUUCACACAACUGUCAUUUUUGUCUCUUUAUCCCACAACGCUGAAUAUCCAGGGUGUGAAAACUGGUCUUCACAUCGUUCAUGAACUCCAACUUGACAGAUAGGGCACUAGUGGCGCGUGCGCUUUCUGUUGGACUCUUUUUUCCCUUGUAGGAGUUCCAAUCUGUAAACAGUGGAACGAGGAUGGGGGAGGCCUGGGGGCGUAGCAAGAGGUGGCGGUGGUGGCUGAGCAUGUGGUCCGAGCCCCAGAGAUCAUGAAUGACAGCCUGGAUGAAUGCCUGUUUCAAACGGGCUCCAGUUGGAUGUUUCAGUUUGUUAAACUCAAAUACUUUGAGCCUAGCAAUGUCCAACAAAUUGGAGAACAUUUUGACCCAGUAGCGAUGGGUAGCUCUCUCGGAGGCGAAGUGAUCUAACUUUUUGUCACAAAUGUCCACUCCACCCAUGUAGGCGUUGUAACUAAAAAUCAUGGCUGGCUUGAGCUUUUCCUGGCCCCUGACCUGCUUUGUCUCAUUUACUGCUGCAUGGACAGUACUGAGGAGCAGCACAGGUUUUGUUAGUGAUUUUUUCUCUCUGAAAGCCACAGAUAAGAGUGGACCUCUUCUCUUGUACCUUGUGGCUCCAACGUCGAGUUUGUCGUUCUGACUCAUGGUAAUUAAACUUGGUUUACUUUUGGGUUUUUUCGUUAAGGAAGCAUGUUUUUCGCGAAGUCCUUCUAGCAUAUCAUAUAUAAUAUAAUACGUUUACUGCAAGUAAGAUGCUAAUGGUAUUGCUCCUCAGUAUUAACAAUGGUAUGCUUUUGGGGGUUUUCUCUGGUUGUUUUCCUUGUAUACAAAAUUACUAGCUUGAAACAUUAGUUAUGAUUGGAACUAACCAUAACCAGAGGUUAGAUAGAAAUAUUCUGGCAUGACCUGAGAGGUUGUUGCAUCUUGAUCCAUAAAAUAAAAAAAUUGCCAUGCUGGCUGCAUUUAUGCCUUGGGUGAUUUUGACAUGGCCUUGGUGCAACCACUGACGUUCUACGGUCUUAUGUCAUGCAAAUGCUAUCACAAUUAAUUCGUAACAAAUAAUCAAUGACUCAGCAUUGAAAACUGACACUUUUUUUCUUUCUCGUUUAUCUGCACUUGAACAAUUUACCUAAAAAUCUCUCAAACCAAGUUUUUCUACAAACAUUUAAAAAAUGUUCCUACCAGCUUCAAUAAAAGUGGAAAUGAAGAAGGAUAAGGAUAAUAAAUCAACAGAUAAUCCAAGGCUGUCCUCAGAGAAAGUUGCAUGUGAAAAUAGCAAAAGUUGCUGGAAAAAUUAGCAAAAGUUGCAAGAAAAGUUGCAAGAUGUGUAUAGCUGAAAAUAUGUCCUGGAAUUAUUGGAAUGCAUUGUUGGUAUGCUCAUUCCCAUCAAAGUAACCAACAUGAGUUUUGUUAGGUCAAAAUCAAAAGUUAAACGUGAAUGUCUACCAACCAAAAAAAAACAAAACUGCAUGGAGGUUACAUGGUGUAUAAAAACUGUCCCCUGACAUAUGUGCCAGGUCCUUAAACUCUCCCUGACUUUGGGCAGGUACGAUCAGCAUGGUUUGGGGCUGGGCUGUUCAAAUAUAAUCUUACACCUUCUUUGGGACCCCCCCCCCCUCCUCCUCCCCAUCUUGUAAUGUUACAUUAUUCGCUUAUUAUAAUAAUGGCUUUUAUAUUGCGAAAUCCGUGUUACGGUCACUCUUCUGUGCGCUCGUUAUUUUUAGUCUUGGAAUAAAAUUUAGGUGUUUUUAACUAAAUUUUAUGAUUAUUUUUCCAACUUUUGCGGAAAAUUGGCUAAAAUUUGCUAAAUCAAGAAAAUAGCAAAAGUUGGUUAGGGGCAAAAGCUGCGCGCGCAAGUUGCGAGUGCGAAAUUCUCUGAGGACAGCCAAGGGCAAGUGCUCUGUUAAUCUUUGUUCACUCUUCUGCUUUAUUUAGAAGAUAGUGAAAGUGGUUGCACCAAGGUGUGGUUACACACAAGAACAGUUUACCUUUGCUCUCUUAUACCCAAUUGCUACAUUUAGCCUGACAGUAUGUCAGCUGUUAUGUUUUGUCAAAAAUUGGCUGUUGAAGACAGCCUGAAAGUUUACAAGGAAUUUUUUAUAGUUUUGUCAAAUUUUAGAAACUUGUUUUCAGGUGUGAACAGUUUUAUCUUUGUUCAUGUUUUGCUGAAGAUGUGCACCGAAUAAACAGUGUUAUAUUUCAUUAAUUUAACAGACCUUUUAACACAGUAAUAGUAAGGUCAUCCAAGAGUUAUGACCACAAACUCUAUAUCCAUCCAUGAUGAAACCAUUCUGGUGGGUUUAGAGUAGAACAAUGAAAAUUCAAACAUAACAGGAUUGCAUGUACCUCUGUGCAGCAUGGUACAGAUUGGGCUAAUGGAACACCUGCAAACUAUGUCAAAUCAAUGAAAUUUUACUGUCUUUCAAGGCAAAUUAUAUAUCAUGAAAAAUUACACACAAAUUAAUGUGCUUAGAAUUUUAUUUCUAUUCUGGCGUUUUGCUGUCUGUAGGGACUUCAUCAUGCAUAAAUCAAAAUGUCUAUGAAAGCGAGUCAUGCAUAUAUUCUUGUCAGGUAAAAGUGACUAGGGAGGUAAAUGAUAUAAUAUGGUUCUGCAAAAUAAAGUGAUUUGGAAAGUUAAAGUUGAAGAGGGAGAGAAGUAAUUCAAUUUUAUUCAUGUACCGGGUAUGUUAAAGUACAGAUACUGUUGACUUCUGUGUUUUUUACUUCUCUUUGACAGUGACACAGGUAGCAGGUACAGCGGUUAGUUUUUUAACUUUUUAAACUAAACACUCAUAAGUAGGUUAUGUUAUUGUCACCUUUUAUAAUGUGAGUACCAGCAAGCUCUUCUUUAGCACCUGAGAUGUGAUGCCCUUGAGCAGGAAUGCUUUGCUGGAAGUAACACUGUACAUGUGUUCACAACUCUCAAAAUAUGGUUGUGUGGUCCUGCCUCUAAGUGAUUAUAUGUUAUUUAUUAUGAAUCUGAGGUGGUGUGUGUUAUGCUCUGAUGGUUCAGAGUAUGGUUUAUUUUGCUCAGCAUACUCAUGAAAUUAUGUUAAUGACAACUGUCAAUCAGAGAUAAAAUAAACUGAAUUCUUUCAAAAUGCA